AUGAAAGUUCCCGGUUACGUCAUGAACAGCACGGAAGUGCGGGACCGCAUGAAUCGCGUCUAUGAGAACAGCACUGCGACUUUGCAAGACAUUGUGGAUGCCUUCUGGGAGUGGCGCUCGGAGAAGAUCGAUUUCUCGAUGCAGAAGGGCGUCUUGAAGUGGGAGGACCGUCUCACCCGAGCGAAGCGCAAGCUUGGGAACAAUCUGCAGGCGAAGAGGGACGAGGUCCAGGAUGCGGCUAUGCUGGUUCUCAAGCGGGAUAUCUUCGUGGGCGAGCUGGCGCCCAUGCUGAAGAGCCACACCACUCUUCACCGGCUCCUGCCGGGCCGCUCUGACGAUCCCCCAAAACGAGAACCUUUCUUCCGCGAGAUGAUCUAUCUUGGGCCGUACUCCAGCUUCAUCAUGGGCGCUGUGAACACGAACACCAAGGAUGUGGCGGCCUACAUUCAUCCAGAUCUGAUUGAAGAGGAUGCCAAAGGCUCGGUUUACAAGGCCGGGGGCCGUACCGGCGCACAUGUGGACCAGCUAGUCCUUUUCAACGCUGGCAAAUCAGGCACCUCCGUGACGAAGAUCGGAAACGAGCAAGGAGGCGUUGAGAGGGAAGGACAGUCAUUACCCCCCUUCACUUGUGGCAUGGAAAUUGCCUACCACGAGAACUACAUGAACGAGAUUGCCUUCAUGAACAUCAAGAACCAAUCCAUGGCAAUCCAAGGUUUGAAGACGAGCGACAGGGCCAAGAGAUGGUAUUCUGGUCCAGGUUUGUGCGGCCUCUAUACUCUGCACCAGUUCCACAAGUAUACCAAGCCCUUUUCCUUCACUUUGGGACGUGGAAUCGAGCUCAGCUUCAAAUGGGAGCCAGUCACAGAGGAGGACUUUUGA